GACCAACGUUUGACUGUCCUACAACAAGAGUACAUCAAUGCAGAUAAUGAGCGCACUCGAUUGGCCGAUUCGUUGAGACGUUUCCAGUCGGUUGUGAACAGAACAUUUAGCAUAAGCCGCUUCCAGCAGAUCGCUGGUGGACUCGGCCCGAAAACGGAAGAGCCGAUACCCGAGCAUGCGGACGAUAUGGUCAAGAAGGAAACCGUUACUGCAGUUGGGGCAGCAGCUCCGUCAGCAGGUGUUAACGUGGCCGAAGCGAUUGACUUACAAGGCUUGGACGUGAGCAUUCAGAAGCUCGUCGCCAGAAUUGACAAAUUGGAACGUGAGCGCAAUGAAUAUCGUGAUUCACUGAGUCGUCUGAAACGUAAGACUAGCGACAGUCAUAUAACAAUCAACAAGCAGGAGCAUUUGUACAGAUCAAUUGAGGAGAAGAUGACCGAUGCAGAAGAAGAUCGUCGCACCCUCGAGGCACGACUGGCGAGCGCUAAACAGCUGUUGAAGUCGCAGGAAGAGGCGUUGAAGCAACGUGACGACGAGAGACGUCAAAUGAAAUCGAAAAUAAUCGCAUUUGAGCUGCAAACCCGAGGAAAGGAUGCGCAAAUUCGUCACUUGAACGAUUUGGUGAAAACACUACGAACAGAUGUGGAGAACAGUCAACAAGAGGCAAGACAGCUGCGAGAUCGUGAG